GUGUAAUCCAAUCACAGUGUGUAGUGAUAAUCAGUUUUGUGAUACAUUCAGUGGUUAUUAAAAUACAAUAGAGUGAAAAGUGUCAACGAUCAGUUAAAACAGACGCUUGGUUGCGUUGCACGCGCCAUCUCCUUGCGCUUGAGGUGAACGACUUCCACUCAACUUAUUAUCAGUGAUACGCUUUAUUUCUGCAUGCACCUGUGGUCUGUUAUUGAAUUUCAUACAUUGUGGGUGUACAUUUAAACACACUGCUUUGCUUUUUGAUGUCAAAGAAUAGAAGUAUAAGAAAAAUAAUGUCUUGCCCUGGCUGUUGUACCCCUAUUUCGAAAGCAGAAUCGAUAACUUGCUCAGCAAAAGCCUGUAAAAAGAUAUUUCAUCUGUUGUGUACUGGAACUUCUGAGCUUACUACUCAUCAAAAAAAGAACUGGACAUGCCCCUAUUGUCAAGCGGCGGCCAAGGUAGGAGGUGAUAACUCACGAACACCUGCGAAAGCGUCUGAAAAUGUGACAUUUCGUAAUAAACCGAACCGGCCCGAAAUCUGUUCGCAGACUAAUUCCACGUUAACAAUUGAUGUCAUAAGGGAUGUGAUAAGAGAAGAACUAAAUAAAGUUAAAAAGUCUAUGAUAGUUGAAUUGGAAGAAAGUUUGCGAGCCAUGGUGAAGCAUGAGUUAAAGGGGUUUUCUGAGAGCAUCGAUUGCUUGGAAAAAUCUGUCUUAUUUAUAACAGAAGAAUACGACAGCAUAAAAAAGGACCUUGCUUGCAAAACCGAAACAAUACAAUAUUUACGCACCGAAAAUAACAAGUUGAUCGAGACUGUCAGAUGCAUCGGUACUAGGUUGGAAAUAAUGGAACAACAUAACAGAUCUUGUAAUCUAGAAAUACAAUGCGUCCCCGAGUACAAGAACGAAAACAUACACACCCUUAUAAAACAAUUAGCACAAACUAUUUCUUGCGAUUUAAAUGAAAGCGAUGUACAUCAAUAUACACGUAUAGCCAAGAGUAACAAAAAUGACCAAAGGCCUAGAUCUAUUAUACUUAAAUUGGCUACACCACGAAUUCGUGACAAGUUUCUUGCAGCUGUUAUUACCUAUAAUAAAAACCACGCAAGCGAAAAGUUAAAUUCAAGCCAUCUUGGGUUCGGUGGAGUGAACCAACCAAUCUAUGUUGCAGAACACCUCUCCCCUGCAAAUCGAGCCCUACACGCUGCAGCGCGUCUGAAGGCCAAGAAAAAGGGAUAUAGAUUUGUAUGGGUGAAACAGGGUAAAAUUUUCAUGCGUAAAGAUGAGGACUCCGAAUAUAUUUAUAUUAAAACAAUGGAAUUGCUGGAAAAAAUUGUAUAAUUGUUAUUUUUUAUAUAUUUUAGUUGUGUUAGUCUUUUUAAUUUCGUAUUGAGAAUUGGUAAAUAUUGUUAUAAAAUUCACAAGUUUAAACAUGUAUUACCAAAAUGUAAGAGGUUUACGCAUGA